CCCAUCAGGUGACUGUCCUCUCUGUGUCCCCAUCAGGUGACUGUCCUCUCUGUGUCCCCCAUCAGGUGACUGUCCUCUCUGUGUCCCCAUCAGGUGACUGUCCUCUCUGUGUCCCCAUCAGGUGACUGUCCUCUGAGUUCACCCCCCUCUUCCAGGAUGAACGGCUACCGCCCUCCCUCCUUCCCCCAGGGAGGGUUCGACUCAUACGCCUCGCAACUCAAUGGUCAUGGUUCCCAGUCCACAGAGCCUCCAGAUUGCAACGCCAGGUCCAACACCAAGUCCAUCUCUAAAACCCUUUACGAACAACGGAAGAACUACACCAAAAACAGCAUCAACAGCAUGACGAACACCUCCCAGUACCACGUAGAGCACCUGACCACAUUUGUUCUGGACAGGAAGGAAGCCAUGAUCAACACUGAGGAUGGAAUCAGGAAGCUCCGCCUCCUGGACGCCAAGGGAAAGGUAUGGACCCAGGACAUGCUGCUGCAGGUGGAGGAGAAGACGGUCAGCCUCAUCGACCCAGAGACCAAGAAUGAGUUGGAGAACUUUCCCUUGGGAACCAUCAUGCACUGCCAGGCGGUGAUGUCAUCCUGCAACUACGACUCCAUCUUGGCUCUGGUGUGUAAGGAGCCGGGCCAGGGCAAACCGGACCUUCACCUGUUCCAGUGUGACGACAUCAAGGCUAACCUGAUCCAGGCUGAUAUAGAGGGAGCCAUGAUGGAUCAGAAGGGAGGCAAGGUGAAGAGGAGACCAGAAGCACUACGGAUGAUUCUGAAGAGUGAUGGGGUCAUCCCCCCGCCCCCAGCGGCGCCCGCCCCAGAGCCACCCGCCACCCUCACCCAGGUGGACGUGAGGAGUCGUGUGGCAGCCUGGUCAGCCUGGGCUGCGGAGCAGCAGGACUAUGAUAAACAGCAUCAAUAUCUGGACCAGAAUGAACCUCUGGACAUGUUGGCUACCAGAGUGGAUCGAGACGUGCAAAUCCUGAACCACAUCCUGGACCACAUUGAGUUCUUCGUGACCAAACUGCAGAAAGCAGCUGAAGCCUUCAACGAGCUCUCCAAGAGGAAGAAAUCUAAAAAGAACAGGAAGAAGGGACCCGGAGAGGGAGUGCUAACGCUGCGAGCCAAGCCUCCUACUCAGGAGGAGUUUGUUGACUGUUUCCAGAAGUUCAAACAUUCCUUCAACCUGCUGGGGAAGUUGAAGUCCCACAUCCAGAAUCCAAGCGCUGACGACCUGGUCCACUUCCUGUUCACACCACUCAGAAUGGUGAUCCAGACCUCUGGAGGGACAGAGCUGGCUAAGAGCGUGGUGGUUCCUCUGUUGACCAGAGAGGCUAUAGACUUCCUGCACUCAGCUGGGACGGCCGAGGAAAGACACCUGUGGGUUGCCCUGGGGGACGGGUGGACCAAGUGCAGGUUGGAGUGGCCUAAGGACCACUACUUCCCUCCGUGUACGCUGCAGUUCCGUGACGGUUGGGAACCUCCCAUGAUGCUGUCUGUCCCCCAAUCACGAGACGCAGAGCUGAAUCAGCUGACCCAGACCCUCGCCCACUCUGAGAUCCUUAGACAGGAGGAGAUGGUACACAGGCUGUCUACUGAGCAUCCGGGUGUCCAGGACUUCCCGUCUUCACAAGGGUAUGCAUUGGACAACAAGGCUUACAAGCGCGUGCACCUCUCGGACCAGGACAUGGCCAUGCAGGCCUUCAAACAGGACGUCUCACGGGACUACGAGGCCCACGGCAGUAGAGGUCAGCCAAAACUCUUUGCCAAAUCCAAGUAUGACUUUGUGGCCAGAAACAACACAGAGCUGUCGUUGGUGAAGGAUGAAGUUGUGGAGGUGCUGGAUGACAGGAAGCAGUGGUGGAAGGUUUGUAACUGUUCCGGGGCGUCUGGCUAUGUGCCAAACAACAUACUGGAGUCCACCAAGGCCGUGGACGUCACGGUGCGGGGCGAACCCAUCUACAGCCAUACGAUACAGCUAAUGAUGCCAAAGAAGGAGUUUGAGUUGUUCAAGCAAUUACUGGGAGAGUUAAACGAGAAACAGCGGACGGACUACGUCCCCAAACCCAUGGCCACCCCCAUGCCUCCCAUCCCCACACCCCUCCCUCCUGCCCCGCCACGUCUCCCCACCCCUCCCCUGCCCCCACCGGCCGAACUCCCCCGUCCCACUCCCGGCAAGGUGAGCAGACAGAGCAGCAACACCUCCAGCGACGCCGGAAGUAUCCCAGCUAGCAUCACCAUGAGAGACCACCCGAAUCAGAGACCACUGCCAGUCAACCGGAGGAAGUCCAACAUGGAGGAGGUUCAGGAUGAGUUGAUGCACCGCCUCACGUUGGGUCGAAGCGCCAACAAGAAGUUUGCUGUUCCUCCUCGCAGCGCCUCCCUCCCGUCCGUCAACGUCACGUACGACUCCUCCCCCGACGAGGUCAAGGCCUGGCUGCAGCUGAAGGGAUUCAGCUCUGUUACCAUUACCAGUCUGGGAGUAUUAACCGGAGCGCAGCUGUUCUCUCUGAAUAAAGAGGAGCUGAAGACCGUGUGUCCGGACGACGGGGCCAGGGUCUUCAGUCAGGUGACAGUCCAGAAGGCCGCUCUGGAGAGGAGUUCAGGGUCAGAGCUGCAGGAGAUCAUGCGGAGGCGUCAGGAGAAGCUGUUGGUCGCGGCAGGUGACUCAGGAGUGGAGUCAUUGGACGAGUGCAGCAGCCACUGACCCCCCCAGGCCUCGCCCACCUCCCUCGUGACCACGCCCCUUUACGUUGUCACGGUUUCUGUUUCCAGGACGCCACGGAGCGCGCCCAGUUCGCUGAGAUCCUGAGACGACGACAGGAGGUUCUGGAGCAGUCCCCUUAGAAGGGAAGCAACACUAGACAGAGACUGGAACAUCUGGAGCAGUCCCCUUAGAAGGGAAGCAACACUAGACAGAGACUGGAACAUCUGGAGCAGUCCCCUUUAGAAGGGAAGCAACACUAGACAGAGACUGGAACAUCUGGAGCAGUCCCCUUAGAAGGGAAGCAACACUAGACAGAGACUGGAACAUCUGGAGCAGUCCCCUUAGAAGGGAAGCAACACUAGGCAGACAGAGACUGGAACAUCUGGAGCAGUCCCCUUUAGAAGGGAAGCAACACUAGACAGACAGAGACUGGAACAUCUGGAGCAGUCCCCUUUAGAAGGGAAGCAACACUAGACAGACAGAGACUGGACUAUCUGGAGCAGUCCCCUUUAGAAGGGAAGCAACACUAGACAGAGACUGGAACAUCUGGAGCAGUCCCCUAGGAAGAAACUAGACAGACAGAGACUGGACUACUGGAGCAGUCCCCUUUAGAAGGGAAGCAACACUAACAACAGAGACUGGACUAUCUGGAGCAGUCCCCUUUAGAAGGGAAGCAACACUAGGCAGACAGAGACUGGAGCAGUCGACGUGGACUACCGGGGAUGCCUGAUGGGAAUACCUGUGGAUUUAUACACUUACACUUCAACGAACUAUUAUUGUCUUUGAUUUAAAAAAUGUGUCCGUUAUUUCAUGCACAGGAUGGUGGGGAAGUAGCAGGAGAAAACUCUGGUCCCAGAGUUAUUCUAGAUACAGGUGUCAUUGUUGUCUUUUUGGGGGGGAGGGGAGGGGUUGUAGGAUAACACAGAAUGGACCGGGUGUGGUCUUGACGUACAGACGAAAUCGAACCGACCAAAAGUUCGAUCUCUAGACUAUUUCCAGAUAUGAAACGAUAAGAUGUUUAUAAUAACCAAAACGUUUGAAUAUUAUUAAUCAUUAUUUUGUGUAAAUCUUCAGGUUUACUGGGUAAAGAGAGGAAUAUGAUAUUUGUGUAUAUCCUGUUUCAUGUUAUGGUAAUGCCAACAAACAAAAAAAAUUGUAAACUUCAUAUAAAUGACAUUUGGUCAAAUUAAUUUCAGAUACAGGAAGUAGAGUGUAAAGAUGUGUUUUUUUUUCUUUCUUUCGUAAAAAAAGGUGCAUCAGAUAAUAUUGGCUGUGAUAAACAUGCUUCCCUUCA